AUGUACCAUGAGUUGAGACUGGUGCUGCUCGGCUCAGCGGGUGCUGGGAAAAGCAGUGUGGUCAAUGCCAUCCUGGGCGGCCCGACAUCUGAGUCCGACUGUACAGGCCCUGAGACACCAGCCACUGACUGUCAGAAGAGACGUGUGACGCUGGCAGGACGACAGGUGUCUGUCGUGGACACACCUGACUGCCUGUGCAUCGAGCGUCCCGCUGAGGACGUCCGCCGCCAGUUUUCGCUCUUGGUGGCUUUGUCGGCCCCGGGGCCCCAUGCUUUCCUGCUCUGUGUCCCUAUCCACCGGCCCAGCAACCUGGAGCUCCAGAUUUUGGAGACCAUCGAGAAGGUGUUUGGCCCUGAGGCUGUCAGUAAACAUGCAAUGGUGCUCUUCACUCGCAUGGACCGACUGCCUGAGGAUGUUUCUCUGGACGACUAUCUCAAUACAGAGCGGCCCGACUUGCUAGAGCUCGUUCAAAAGUGCAGCGACCGACAUCACCCGCUGCGGCCGGGGUCCAGCGUGGAGGAGCUGUUCAUAAAGGUGGAGAAGCUGGUGGAAGAAAGCGGGACACACUUCUACACCUGCCCUCUGUUGCAGGAGGCAGAGAGGAGAGUGAAAGAGAAGGAGGAGGAGAUCUUGAGAAGCAGAAGAGAAAAAGGAGAGGAUGAUUGGGAGGGAAUAAGGGCCGAAGCAGAGAAAAGUGUGGGCGAUUUGGUGGUUGUGGGAAUCGCAGAGCUCUGCGUCUCCACACCUGACACCUCGUUCUUACGCUGGUUGUGGGACAGUGUGGUCGGGUGGCUCCCCAAUAUGGUGAGGGGCAGUGCUUUACUGGGGUCGAUCGUGGGGUUGUUCGUCGGGGGGCCCGUAGGAGGGGCCAUGGGAGCAACGGUGGGCUCUGUGGCGACGGAGGUGGGUAGACGGAAACAAAAAACCAAGUGAGCACUUGGAAAUUUGGUAAGAGUUUAUUGUAAUUUUCAUUAUGUCACUAAGAACAUCAAACACCAGAUCAGUUGUUCUUGAACAUUCAAAUAUGAAUAUAUAGUCAGCUACAGAAGUCAUUACAAACGCUAAUGAAAUGUUUUUCUAUUUAAUACAUGCUUUUUUUCCCCAUUACAAAUUGUAUUAUUAA